AUAUUACUGACAGACUAUAGAUCUAUCAUAAUGGUGCUAGUAAUCAUGUUUAAACAUGCUAGUAACCAUGGCAACCAGUCUGUGAUCAGCUCCUGUCUCUUUCUCAUUCAUGCCAUCUUGUUUUCCACCUCAGAUUAGAUCCAGUUGUCUCUGUGUUUCCUCUGCGUUCCCAGGUCUGCUGGUUGAGCCGCUCAUCUUCCUCUCUUCCUCCACUGACGGGGUCUCCACAGGCAGAAAGCAGGGGUCUGAGCUCCUCAUUGGCUCACAUUUCAGCAUCAUGUGCUCCAUCAGACCUCAGUAUGAAGGCGGCUCCUUCCAGCUCAUCUUCAGCACCUCUAACUACACUCAGAACCAGACCCUGCCAGCUGUUAAUCACUCCGCCCUCUUCCUGUUCUCUGCUGCUGGCCACGCCCACCAAGGAACCUACCGCUGCGUUUACCACGUCUACGUUUUCUCCUAUAACUUCUCCUCUAUCAGCCAGCCUCUCAACCUCACUGUCUCAGGCAAUGUCAUGGAGUCCAUGAGGAAAAGUUCUGCUUCAGUUUCAGCCUCUCCCACUGCUUUGAUCAUCAGACUGGUUGUCGUCCUGCUGGGUUUGCUGGGAUCAGUCCUGCUCCUCUACUUUAAGGCCAGGAGAAACCAGAAGUCUGGACCAGAAAACAACCAUCAUGAUGAAGGAUCCAGAGCUGAAGGCAGCUUAGAGGAGGAGACUGCAGUCUGAAGGAACCAGGAGAAAAUGAUCUUCAUUUCACAUCCGCAGGAAGGAGCAGAGACAUGUUUCAGACUCCUGGAAAUCUAUCCGUCUAUGUAUCUAUGAUAAAAUGUCUCUGUGCUCCUGCAGCAGGAAGGAAGUUCAACAUUCA